UGCAAUUUGUAGCCAAUGAACGGGGAUUUUCGUGGAGAACGCUCUUUCCACGCGUGUGCAGCAGCUCAGCGGGUGCGGGACGCGACACGGCCGCGUUGGGCGCUGUGUUGGCCGCUCGCAGCCGCCGUAGCGGGGGCGGUGCCGGGCGGGUUCCGGGAGGGCCGGAGCGGAGCGGCCGCGAUGUUGGUGCUGGUGUUGGGAGAUCUCCACAUUCCCCACAGAUGCAACAGCCUCCCAGCCAAGUUCAAAAAGCUGCUGGUUCCUGGGAAGAUCCAACACAUCCUGUGCACGGGGAACCUCUGCACCAAGGACACCUAUGACUACCUCAAAACCCUGGCUGGGGAUGUCCACGUGGUCCGAGGGGACUUUGAUGAGAACCUGAAUUACCCCGAGCAGAAGGUGGUGACUGUGGGACAGUUCAAGAUCGGGCUGAUCCACGGCCACCAGGUCAUUCCCUGGGGUGACAUGGCCAGCUUGGCCCUGCUCCAGAGGCAGUUUGAUGUGGACAUCCUCAUUUCAGGGCACACACACAAAUUCGAGGCAUUUGAACAUGAAAACAAAUUCUAUAUCAACCCUGGAUCAGCUACAGGAGCCUACCAUGCCUUAGAGAACAACAUCAUUCCCUCAUUUGUGCUGAUGGAUAUCCAGGCUUCUACAGUAGUGACAUAUGUCUAUCAACUAAUUGGAGAUGACGUGAAAGUAGAAAGAAUUGAGUACAAAAAGUCUUAAAAAGGCUUUUGCUUGUCUGGUAUUUUUACCAUCUCAUUCUGAACUGCAAGUUCCAAUACUUGAUUGCUAGUUUACAGCCCUGCACCUAUUGCUAACAGCUCAACAAUGUAAUGAAUUUAACCAACAUUGUGUUUGCUUUUCUCUGUAUGAAUGGAUUUGUAAAAUAUUCCAUUAAAAUAACUGUCCAAAUACUGUUCCUUAAUGUUGUAAUAAACUCCACUUCAUAGAAAAA